AUUGGAAGAGAGUAACAUGGGCGUUGACAAGGAGGAGGAGAAGGAGAGAGAAGCUGAAGACGAAGACGAAGAAGAAGAAGAAGCAGAGAUUUCGUUCUGAAAUCACGAACGCACAAACUCUGAAAGGGUUUCUCUAUCCAUCACCUGUUUCUGGUUUCGGGGUUGGAGAAUUAGGGCAUCUUCCAUUGGGGACUGAUUCUCUUCUCCGAAUUUGAAACCUCUUGAAUCCCGUCCCUCUAUUAUAUGAUAUACAGAGGUCGAGCUUAAAGAAAUGGCGUACAGAAGGAGGCAACAGCCGGGAUUUUCGAGGCCUUUAGCCACAAGCGUUGAUGAACAUAAUGGAAACCCUCUGCUUCCACCGCCUUCGAUUCCAGCUUCGGCUUCGGCGUUUGGUGAUGAUGGGUAUUCGUCUUCGUCUUCCUCAUCGUCCUCUUCUUCGCUUGCGGCAAAGGCCAUAAGAGCUUCUUCAGCCUAUCGAGACUCGUCCCUUUCCUCCGCUUAUGCCGGCGGUGGCGUUAGCCGUGGCGUUGGUGGUGGCCGUGGGGUACCUUCCUCGACAACUUCUACUUCCUCUGCAUCCCGAUAUCCCAAUCCUGCUGUACCAUCCUCUUCUCCCCCGUCCUUGUCAAAGGAAUCCAAGCCUUAUGAAUACACAUCAAUGAAAAAUUUAAACGAAUCCAAACAUGGUUUUUGGGGUGCUUUGGCGAGAAAAGCAAAAUCCAUUCUUGAUGAUGACAAUGAACCUCAACAAUUAGAUUCACCUGGAAGAACGGACGUGCAAGUACCAGCUAUAGCUACGAGAGGGAGGUACCGUGGCGCAGAUCAGGCAAGAGAGAGCCUCCCGAAAACAGAUAAUCCAGCAUUGCAGAAGGGAUUAAAUGCACUCGCGUCAUCCAUCAAUUAUAUUGGUGGCACCAUUGGGAAUGCCUUGGAGGAGGGAAUUACCAUUGUGGAGAACCGAACUGCUGGCAUUGUUCACGAAACUCAGAAGCAUAUAAGAAAAAAGUCAGGCGGUUCUACUGUGCAAAAUCAAGCACAGAACUCACAAUCACAGACGCAAGCUGACCUAGAACUUCAAUUGAAGGCAUCUCGCGACGUUGCAAUGGCAAUGGCAGCAAAAGCAAAACUUCUUCUUCGAGAGUUGAAGACUGUCAAAGCUGAUUUUGCUUUUGCAAAGGAGCGAUGUGCUCAGCUAGAGGAAGAAAAUAAAAUCCUGCGCGAGAAUCGUGAAAGGGGAGAUAACCCAGAAGAUGAUGACUUGAUACGCCUUCAACUUGAAUCUCUUCUGGCAGAAAAAGCAAGGUUGGCACACGAGAACUCAGUUUAUGCACGUGAAAAUCGUUUUCUGAGGGAAGUUGUGGAAUACCAUCAACUUACUAUGCAGGAUGUUGUCUACUUGGACGAGGGUACUGAAGAAGUUACAGAAGUUUACCCUAUCAAGGUCAUUCCGGGCAAUUCUUCACCAUCACCAGAAGUCAGAGGGGUAUCCCAUAGUGCUGCCCAAUAAAGUUCUGGCAUACCCACUACUGUGGCCGGCCGAUGAUUGAAGAGAAAUUCAAUUGCUUCUUGUUGAAUGGCAAUUAUCAUAUAUUUUAUAUUAUAAUUUUGAGGAAAGGCUUGAACUGUGUCCCUAUAUUGUUAUUUUCACAAUUUUUUUUGGGUCAGUCAUUUCUAAAAUCCGGCUGAUUAUGUAAUAUAAAUCUCAUCAAGUUAUAAUAUUUAAUUCAUUUGACUCUAA